AUUGAAAAAAUAUGAUUAUCUCUGUUUAUGAUUAUCUACUGUAGGCCUGAUACAUUAUAUUUAAAUAACAUACAGUAUAUGCAAAACAUUUUACUAUUCUUUUUAAAUAGAAUAAACGUAAGAUAAAUAAAUUAAUACAUGUAGAGAAAUAAGCAUCAUUGUUCAUUUUAAACCAUUCUUUUGUAUUAAAUUAAAUUUUCAAAACUGAGCUACAAUUUGACACCAAUCUACUGUAUUUUUGUUACAAACUGUGUAACGGGGUAGAAGUUUAUAAGAAGGGGAAAAUAUUGACAAACCCAAGCAUUGGUAAACCUAGACCUUUUUAAUAUUUGACCCAACCAUGGCUUAAAACAACUCAGCAUUUUAGGGUAAAAUCUUAGUGGUCCACUAAACAUUUUUGAUCAUGACCUGAAAACAAUCAUUAGGUGACAAAUGAAAAGAUUUGGGCUUUAAUGAAACAGACUAGUGCUGAAAUAUGACAGACAUGUUAAUCCAUCUGAUUUCAUCAGUAGCUAGUUGACAGUUUGAAAUAGCAGGGUAGUCGACCGAUGAAUUGGUAGACGUAUAGAUUGCUUUAACGUUAUGGUAUAGGCUAAGGCAAAGCAUUUUGCUCUCUAAGGAUUAGCUAGUUAAAAUCUGUGCUGUUGGAGGGGGCGGAUUAUCAAAGCCAUAAUACGAGUUAUCCCCGCCUUAACGGAGAGCUUUUCCAUAGAAGGAGACUUGUGCCUGUGGUUACAACCCAUCUUUUAAACAGACUAAUCCAGCACUCGGCGCCUCUUGUAACAGCAGUAGCAUAUAAACGUACUUUGCAAGAGGUUGUAGCGAAGAAUUUAGCUAUUGUAGAAAUUAAAUGAGUCAAAAGAAACGAGACAGACGAUCAUUGAUCCUGGUUAACUUAUUCAUUCCAAGUAACCAAACGGUGAGAUUGAAUCUAUUCAUCUACGUAUAACUUUAAAAAAAAAAUCACAUUUUGCAGUGUUGGACCCACGAUCAUUCUCUUUAAGUUCUUCGACAGUUCAAUUGUGUAUUUUGCAACGAAUGUGAUUUAAUUCGUCAUAUUAUUAAUUUAUCAUCGCCGAAUAACGUACAAUUUCAUUUCGAUUUCUUCUUCAUGCAACCUCCAACAGAAAGGUGGAUAAGAAACAUCUCCAUACACGGUGAUAUAGGUGGAUCUCGUGAUUAGAGAGUUUUUAAUUGGUCUACGCAAAUGAAGGGCAUGGAGAUGUUACGCCGCUCCUCAGUGUUUGCGGCUGAAAUCAUGGAGGUGUUUGAUCGCUCUUCCACAGAUAAGGAGCUCGUAUCUCAGUCGAAAGUGUUGUGUAGGGAUUACAUUCACUCCAGACUCCACCGGGCUGGAAUCGGGUGGUCUAAACCGGAGCAAGGAUCAUCGGGAGGAACACUGGCUGAAGUAUCUUCAGUCCUGCUGUGGCUGGGUGAUGAACUGGAAUACUUGCGUCCCAAUGUAUACCGCAACGUAGCACGGCAGCUCAACAUUACAGUUUCCUCUGAGAGUAUAGUAUCUGAUGCAUUUUUGGCUGUCGCUGCAGAAAUUUUUUCCACAGGGGUAACAUGGGGGAAGAUUGUGUCCCUGUAUGCAGUGGCUGGAGCUCUAGCUGUUGACUGUGUUCGACAUGGCCAUCCAGCCAUGGUGCACCUUAUUGUUGACUGCAUGGGCGAGUUUGUUCACAAAAGCCUUGUGUCCUGGUUAAAAAGAAGAGGAGGCUGGGCAGACAUCACAAAGUGCGUAAUCAACACAGACCCCAGUUUUUGUUCUCAUUGGUUAGUGGCAGCUGCCUGUGCUUGUUGUCACUACAUAAAGGCUGUGCUCUUUUACCUGCUGAGGGAGAAGUAAAUGGCAGAAUGAAUUGAAACUGUCAGAAGGCGUUUCUUCUCCAUGCUUCAGACUUUUAUUGCUCCUGAUGUGUUUACACUUGCACAAAGUUUGCACUUUUCCUUUUAAUGGACAUUCCUGUGAACCAAGAUGGACCGUAAUAAGGAAUGGUUCUUCCACAAAUGAAAACUCACAAUUUACCAACACAUACUCUUUCAAACCUAUAUGAAAAGGCAAAAGAAGAUAUUUAGCAAAGUGUUGAGAUUAUAUAUAAAACUUAAGUUAUAUAUUUAUGUAUUUGGCAGACGCUUUAAUCCAAAGCGACUUACAGUGCAUUAAAUAAAUAAAUAAAUUCAUUUUUGGGUGAUCUCUUUAAGGCUUUGCUAUAGGUUUAACAUGGCUUUUUGCACUCUUAACACAUUCUUUUUUAGCAUAACAGGACACAGCUUAGUGGAAGAUAUUGUUAUCUUUGUAUUUGAAGUGUAAUACAAUGUUUAUGUACUUAAUACAUACUUGGAUCAAUGUUGCAUUACCAGAAUGGCUCUUUCAAUGAAAUUACUUUUUUUUUUUAAAUUUGCAUUUCAUUUUAGAAGUCUGAAAAUGCAGAUUGUCAAAAAACGGUUUAGCAAAUCUGAUAUGCAAAUUCAGUCUUACAGCUUCAACAAGUUUGCAUGGAGUGGAUAUCAAAUGAUAUCAAAUGAAAUUUUUAUUAAGGAAAAAUUGCUGCAGAAAGAAGAUUUUGAUAAGCUAAUAUCAAUUAAACUCUGCUUGGACUAAGGAAAGAACAGUGGCUAUUUAAAUUUCUGUAACAUUUCAGUUAAUGUUGUAUUUUAAGUUUGGGCCUGUCAACCUGAGCAUUUAAGAGUCAAAUUAUAUCUGAAAUAUAAUGUAUUAUGUUAUGACUUGUUCUUUGUUGUAUUUCUGGUGUUGUUGGUGUUGCCCUGAAGAACCAUUGAAAUACGGUGGAAAAUUGCUUAAUAUAACUUGUCAUAACA